GAACUUCGACAGGUCACGCACGAACACGCAAUAACUCCCAAACGCACACUCACAUGGAGGCACGGAUCCACUACUGAAAGUCGAAGCGCGUGACCAGGCGCGUCAUCGGUCGGGCUGUCAUGGCGGCGGACGGUUGGAGCUGGUUUCCAGUCUUAGCGGCGGGAGUUUCUCUCUUCAAGUGCCUCUUCAUCAGCUCAUAUCGGUCCACAGACUUCGAGGUCCACAGGAACUGGCUGGCCAUCACACACAAUCUGCCCGUGUCCCGGUGGUACCAUGAGAAUUCCUCGGAGUGGACUCUGGAUUACCCGCCGCUCUUCGCCUGGUUCGAGUUCGGACUCUCCCACGUGGCGCGGCACUUUGACGGAGACAUGCUGCUGCUGCACAAGCAGAACUACGCCAGCCCGCCCACCGUGCUCUUCCAGAGGCUGUCGGUCAUCGUCACCGACGGGGUCUUUAUCCUCGCCGCCAGAGAGUGCUGCAGGUGUGUUCAGACACAGAGAGCCUCUCAGAAGGCUGUCCUGAGCCGGCCGUCCUUCAUCCUGGCUGUGCUGCUGCUGUGGAACUUUGGCCUCUUCAUCGUGGACCACAUCCAUUUCCAGUACAACGGCUUUCUGUUUGGUUUCCUGCUCCUGUCUGUGGCCAAGCAUCUGCAGGCGCAGCACCUGCAGGGGGCGCUGCUGUUCGCCAUCCUUCUGAACCUGAAACACAUCUACCUGUAUGUUGCUCCGGCGUACGGCGUCUACCUGCUGAGGAGCUACUGCUUCACGGAGAGCAGCACAGACGGCGGCAUUCGGUGGCGGAGCUUCAGCCUGCUGCGUCUGCUGGCUUUGGGCAGUGUGGUGAUGGCGGUUUGCGGUCUGUCCUUCGGUCCGUUCAUUGUCAUGGGCCAGCUUCCUCAGGUCCUCUCUCGGCUCUUUCCCUUCAAACGGGGUCUCUGUCACGCAUACUGGGCCCCAAACGCGUGGGCGCUCUACAACGCUCUGGACAAAGUCCUGGCGACACUCGGCGUUCGUCUGAAGCUGCUGAAGGAGGCGGAGCUUCCUCAGGCUUCCAUGACGGGUGGACUGGUCCAGGAAUUCCAGCACUCUGUGCUUCCCUCUGUCUCUCCCUCUGUCACACUAGUCUGCACUCUUCUGUCCAUCCUGGUUGAGACAGUUCACUCGUGUGUGUUCCCUCGCCUGAAGCCGGCGCUGGCAUCUAUAUGGAGGCGUCCCCGCGGCGCCCGUGGCUUCCUGCGCUGCCUGCUGCUCUGCGCUCUGGGCUCCUAUAUGUUCGGCUGGCACGUGCACGAGAAGGCCAUCCUCAUCGCCAUCCUGCCGCUUAGCAUCCUGGCUGUGGAAAGCAGAGAGGAUGCUGGGAUUUUCCUGCUCCUGAGUACUACAGGACAUUACUCGCUGUUCCCGCUGCUCUUCACCCCCACAGAGCUGCCAAUCAAAGUGUGUCUGAUGCUGAUGUUCUCCCUGUUCUCCUUCUCCGCUCUCAGGAAGCUGCACAGUGCUGAUGGAUCCCUGCUGCACCCCUUGGAGGUCGUGUAUCUGCUGGGCUUGGGAAUGGUGGCACUGUUCUCCGAGGUGCUAUUCCCUCUGUCACCAUGGAAACAGAGACUGCCCUUCUUGCCCCUGCUGGCCACUUCGGUGUACUGCUCAGUAGGCGUGUCCUACUCCUUCCUGCGGCUGUAUGCCACUUUGCUGCGCUCGGACAGCAAACCCAAACAGCAUUAAGGCAGCACGCGGUGUCCUGCACACUCGCAUCAUCGCGCCGCUCUACCUGCUACCGAUGCACGAGGAAAAACGCCAAAGAGGGUCGGUGACGGAGGAGGACGUCCAUCUGGCACUUUCUUGUUUUGCUUAAAAGAUUCGGUUUCUCAAACCUGCUGAAGCCCGAUUAUUUUCUGGAGAAAUGGAUGAAAGACUGUUUUGGAAAUUAGGAUCUAAGCAAACUAGAGGAAGAAAGGACUUGUCUCUAGAGAAUACACAGACCAAAGCACAACACAAUAAGUCUACACUAUAAGUCCUUUUUUCAACAUGGAGGCAUAAAUGGACGUUGUUACUAAAUUAAAUAAUGCAGAAGUCUUGAACCUGAGCCUUGGGGUACACACCUAUGCUUAAGUGAAACCAUCUGAAGAAAACCUAAAAGAGUUCAAAUGAUCCAAAUGAUUUCCGACGGGAACUUUGUUUAAAAACUUUAUUGGUAAGGCAACACAGAACAUGGUUGGUUCAAAAGAUCAAACGGGAACUCUAAGCUGAUGACACGGGUGCUAACCGGCAGCUCAGAGCUUUCUGUAGAAGUUCAGCUGGAACUGAAAGAAGGGAGAUCUGAUCUCUGAGAUGAUCCUCAGUCUUCACUGGAUCACCAUCCUCCUCCUGUUAGGCUCUUUGUUUGAUUAAAAAAAAAAAA